AUGAACACACAAUCUUUUCCAUUCUAUAGCAGCAAUCGAUGGCUAGAAACCGAUAUUGCAGACGUAACAAACCCCCUCUAUUCUCUGGCCAAAAAUUCACGGCUUUUAAAAUUCAUAAUUACACAGCAUGACAGAGAGUUAAGAGUAGAUUUGAUUCCCUGUAAAGAAUUUUAUUCGUUAUUUGCACGCCUACAAAAUAUUAUUAAAGAUAAAUCAGUCGAUAAUCAUUUCAAACAUUCGUCAUCUGACAGCAGUAAAUCAGUAUUACCAAAAAAUACAUGUAUAAAUUAUCAUAAAGGAUAUAGGUUAAUGGAAGGUUUAGUCGAAAAUAUGAUUCUAAUACUUUAUCAUACGCCACGAGGUUCACCAACAACGCCACCGGACAAAUGUACACGAGACAUUUAUUAUCUUUACAGGGAUUGGCCAGGUUUAGAUGAGAUCAAUAAAAAUGAUCCUAUACUUUCAUAUGAUCCCUUAGACCCAAUGCUAGUUCAAGCCGUUUAUAAAGAGUUGAAAGACGUAGUCGAUAAUUUGGUGCAAUCAGUCAAUGGAAAUAAUGAAGAAACGAAAUAUUUGGAAACGAAAUUAGUAUACUAUUUGGAAAGAUAUGAUAAAAUUUUGAAUCCCGAUGAUUGCAAAACCGUGAUUAAAAGAAAAUAUGAUGAUGGUGACAAAGAUGAAAGUGUCUCUGGUUCAAAUGGGCAUAAAUCAGAUUUUUCUUCUGAAUUGGAACAGUUUACACUUCACGAAAAGAAAGCACGUCGCAACUUGAUAGGAAUAUCUAUUUUCCAUAGUUCUUCUGUGGGAGAUUAUUACAACGAGUGUCAUUUUUUAAUGAGACCAUGUCUUUUAAUAUCACCUAAAACAAGACGAUUCUUUAAAAUGCAAUAA